AGAGACCUCCAGAAGCCGAGAGAAGCAAACACAUUUCCACACUCCGGACUCCCCAGUUCCUCCCGACUCUCCUAGGUUCCACUGGAGGAGAGUAAGUGGCGGUGUUCCGCCAACUCAGGAACGGACCAGACCCUGCAGGCGCAGUGAGAAGACUCCCGGGAGAAAACUCAGGAGUGAAAAUAGAGAAAGUAAUACUUCCCACUGAAACUACCAGAAACAUCCAGAAAAUGGAGCAGAAAAACGCAGCCCAGGGAUCAGAAAAACCCUCAGUCCACUCAAUUAAACCUUGGAGUGACCAGGAAAUCCAGAGUUUCCUGCAAGAAUGGGAAUUUCUUGAGCGUGAGGUGUACAGGGUGAAGAAGAAGUAUCACAUAGUAUCAAAAACAAUUGCUGUGCGUCUCAAGGAGAGGGGUAUGAAUAAGAGCUGGAAGGAAUGUCUCCAGAUGCUGAUAAGCUUGCAGGACUUAUACUUCACUAUUCAGGAGGCCAACCAGAGGCCAAUGUGCCAACCCUUGCCAUGUCCUUAUGGCGAGGCCCUGCACAGGAUUCUGGGGUACAGAUGGAAGAUCAGCGUCUUCUCAGGUCCUCCCUGUGCAGAUGUGGUUCACCUCGCACCUCCCGGGCACCAGCCCCAGGCCCAUGGCGUUCCCAUAGUCUUUCAGGAGCCAAUGUGGGCCCCAACACCUGUGAUCUUUGUGGAAAAUCCUCAGGUACCCAGAUGGGAGCCCUGGAACAUGAAUGGUCAUGUUCCAUAUAUGUAUCCUGCUUUUCCCCCAGCAGCCCCAGGCCCCCUACCACAGUGGGCCAUCUCUACUGACUGAUCCAGAUCUCGAAGACAAUUAGAAUCUGGAUCCUGAUUGUUCAGAAAGACUGAAAAACAGCACAAUCUGUGUGUAGUGAAUGACUCCUUCCUCUCCUCACCUGGUGCUUUCAGUUACUCAUUGGUGCAGUGAGAAUAAAUGUGAAAUAAUGAAUGACCAUGACCUUAUCCCUUUCUGGCUCAUGCUUGUGGCUUGGGUUGAACCUCUAAUUGUAGAAAGACUAUGGGA